AUGUCUUCCUUAGGGUAUCCAAUCUCCUUCGAGAUUUCGUAUCUCGAUAUCAUGGAUUCUCAGAGGUUUGACCCUUCUCAGAAGAAGAGAACUUCCUCCACACCUCUUGCCCUAGUCAAGAAUGAUGCGAUUCCCAGUGCAAGGGAAAGCGGCCUCGAGGAAAUGUACGCCCAGAGGUUCGACGCUUCUUUCAAAAAGAAAACUGUGCCCCCACCUCUUGCCCUGGUCAAGAAUGAUGCAAUUCCCAGUGCAAGGGAAGGCGGCCUCGAAGAAAUGGACGCCCAGAGGUUCGACGCUUCUCUCAGAAAGAGAAAUGUGUCCCCACCUCUUGUCCCAGUCAAGAAUGACGCGAACGCGCACUGGAGUGACGCGAUUAUGAUCCCCAGUGCGAGAGAAGUUUACAUGGAUCCGUUUGAUGCCCAAAGAUUUCAUAUCUCAAAAAAAGAGCGAACUUCGUCUUCCAGCACAGGUCAAGUUGCUCCUGAGAACAGCACCGGGAAUAUGGUUAACGUUGAUAACCAGCGUUCCCAAAUAUCUGUCGAAGUGUGCCAGGGGAAGGUUCUUGACUCACGGGACUCACCUAGUUCCACCUCCAGCAAGAAUUUGUAUCCGGACCAAGAUGAAACACCCUCGGGAACGCUUUCAGGGUCUAGCGGUGUCGUCACUCCUGGUGAUUCCAGCGACGUUUCUAAAGAAACCACUACUCCGACUACACCCGCUACUAGCGAUAGCGGGCAUAGCUAUGUCAAGGACGAUAUCGACUCCGAAAGCGUCGUUCAAGAACUACCGUCUUCUUCCACGACUCUCAGCGAUGAUAAUACUGAAGUGAGGAUCACUGACCACAUGCUUCAAUUUGGGGGUACGACCACUCGGACUAUUGUGCGUCCGAUCCCCAGCUCUCCGGUUGGGUCCUACCUAUCUCUACCUAGUACAGCCAGCAAAGGAUCUUUUUCCCGGCCCACUUCUCCUAUCCUUUCUUCCUUGAACUGCUUUUCCUCGGAUGCUUUUGAAGCUGAAGUCGACCGAGUCUGUGAAGCAAGGGAAAAGAGGAUGGCUGGCGAAGGCGAGAUCAAGGUCUUUGUGCGAGAGGAGAUCAACCGCACCCGAGAGGAUAGGCUUCAGGCUCCGUUGAACGAGCUCACUCUCAAUGAGCAGCCUGUCGCACAGUGUUGA